AUGGGCAGCUAUACUUUCAAGUGGGAACACCCCGCGGAAGAAGUCUACGUUACCGGUACCUUCGAUAACUGGACCAAGAGUGUCAAGCUCGACAAGCGAGGCGACAUCUUUGAAAAGACCGUCAGUCUGGAAAUUCCAUCCGACAAAGUAUACUACAAGUUUGUCGUCGACAACAAUUGGACUACCAACGAGUCAUCUCCCAAGGAGGCCGACAAAGAGGGUAACAUCAACAACUUCCUCACUUCAGAAAUUAUUGCUGCAUCCGCCAUCUCUACCACUGUACUCAACACCAUCGGUCCCGGAUCCACUACUGCUACAAUGGCUGGUCAACAACCCCUGGAGAAGAAUAAGCUUGCAAGUAUCAACCCUCUGCCUGCCUCAGAGACCGGAGUAAACCCCAUCAACUUGAAACCCGGCGAAAAGGUCCCUCAGCAGUUUGCUACCGGCGAUAUUCAUAAGCACGUCAAACUAGAUAAAGAAUCAUACGAGAAAAGUGAUUCUCUUAUUGGCGUUCCCAACCCUGCUGAUGUCCCCGCGGCGGGCCCUAACACCAUUCCGGAAUCAGGCCUACCGAUGCCUCAGAACGCAACAAUCAACACCGUUGGCCCUGGGGCUACCACUGCUGCUCUAGCUGGCCAGGUUCCCCUGGAGUCCAAGGCUGCUGAGCCCACCUCCGGCACCGACGACAAGAAGAAGAAGAAGAACAAAAAGAAGAACGAGAAGAAGAAGCAGAAGAAGGCUGCCGCCGCCGCCGCUAACGGCAAUGGCGGUGCUAACAUCGAUGACAAUGACAACGACGACGACCACAGCGACGAGACUGAACAACAAAAGGUUGACCACAGCGCUGCUACCACCGCCGCUACCAUCGGUGGGAGUGUUGCUGCUGCCGCCGCCGCUGUCGCUGCCGGUGCUACCGCCGCUGCCAGCAAGGUCAACGAGCAGGCUGCUCCUACUCUAGACGCUGCCAAGACUGCCGCGACGGAGGCCAUCAACAGGAACCUGCCUGAUGCCGCCAAAGACAAGCUCCCGGAGCAGGCCAAGCAGCUGCUUGGUCAGCAUGAGACUACAAACGACGUGCCCACCGAGGUCAAGAAAUCAAUCCAGGAAGCUGGCCAGAGCCCCGAGGCCGCUGCCAACGCGACCGCGGUCGAAGAUAAGAAGGCUGCCGAGUCUGAACUCCUCAAGGAGGUCGAGCCUGUUCCCGCGACUGACGGUUCCAAGCCCAAAGAACUGUCAAGUCAGCAAGAGCCUGCAAAAGAUGUUCCCGCCGAGGUCAAGGAGUCCAUCCAAGAAGCUGGCAGGAGCCCUGAGGCUGCCGCCAACGCGACUGCUGUUGGGGAAAAGAAGGUUGUUGAGUCUGAGCUCCUCAAGGAGGUCAAGCCUGCUCCCGCGACCGAGGCGCUCAAGGCUGACAAACCGCCCGCCGUGGUCACUUCUGUUGACAAGGCCACCGAUAAGCCUGCCGAGAAGCCCACUGAGGAGAUAAUCAAAGCCCCUGCUCUCGCUACUGUCGCCCCUAUCGUGGCCCCCAUCACUGCUCACCAAGCCGAACCUGUCGAGAAAGACGCUGCCAAAGUUGUUGGAGGAGUGUCUAGCUCUACGCCAGCCGAGCCAAAGCUAAAUGAGACUAAGGUCACAGUUUCUAAGCCCGUGACCCUUACUUCCGCUUCUCAGCAGCAGCCUGCCGAUACCACCGUCGCCCAAGCCACUGAAAGCCAGACUACAGAUGUCUCUGCUCCGAAGGUUGCAGAGGUUCCCAAGCCUGCCGAGACGACCCCUGCAGUAUCCAAACCUGCCCAGACCAAUACUGCUGAGACGACAACUGCCGCCUCCAAGCCCGACGAGACCAAGCCCGACGAGACGAAGUUUGCUGGGAAGCCUGCCGCGGCUACUGGACCAGCCACCAACGGCUCUGGCUCUAAGCCUACCCCGGUCGCUGCAACCGGCAAAGGGACCGCCGCGAGCAAGGCUAACGCUACAGUCGACAAGAAGAAGGGCCGUCUCAGCACCUUCAUCAGCAAGAUCAAGGGCAAAUUGUCGGAUAAGAACUAG